CAGAAUCUGGGACCUCACUGUAUAUUAUGUCUUUGUGUGACGACAUGCUGCUUUGUAAUUAUCGAAAGUGUCGCAUCAAGCUCUCUGGUUAUGCGUGGGUCACUGCCUGCUCUCACAUUUUCUGUGAUCAGCAUGGCAGCGGUGAGUUUAGUCGUUCGCCAGCUAUCUGCCCAGCUUGCAACAGUACCCUUUCUGGAAAACUAGAUAUUGUCCGUACAGAACUCAGUCCAUCAGAGGAAUAUAAAGCCAUGGUACUGGCAGGACUUCGACCAGAGAUUGUGUUGGACAUUAGCUCCCGAGCACUGGCCUUCUGGACAUACCAGGUACAUCAGGAGCGUCUCUAUCAAGAAUACAAAUUCAGCAAAGCUGAGGGUCAUCUGAAGCAGAUGGAGAAGAUAUAUACUCAGCAAAUACAGAGCAAGGAUGUAGAAUUGACCUCUAUGAAAGGAGAGGUCACCUCAAUGAAGAAAGUGCUAGAAGAAUACAAGAAAAAGUUCAGUGACAUCUCUGAAAAACUUAUGGAGCGGAAUCGUCAGUAUCAAAAGCUCCAAGGCCUCUAUGAUAACCUUAGGCUACGAAACAUCACUAUUGCUAAUCAGGAAGGUAACUUGGAACCAUCCAUGAUUUCCAAUUCUGGUAUUUUUGGCUUCCCAUUAGGGAACAAAUCCAAGUUUCCUUUGGACAGUACACCAGUUCAAAACCAGGGUGGUGGAGACGGAGAUUUUCAGUUCAGACCAUUUUUUAUGGGUUCUCCCACAGCACCUGAACCCAGCAACAACUUUUUUAGUUUUGCAUCUCCAAGUCGUGAAUUAGAGCAGCAGCAAGUCUCUAGCAGGGCCUUUAAAGUAAAAAGAAUUUAAUGCACUUUACAAAAUGUUUCUCUGUUCACUUUUAGUGAUUUCAUUUAUCAAAUAAUCUUUAUUCUAGAAGGAGUCACCAACCUCCCUGUGCUACUAAGUUUUGAAGUUGUCUUCACAUAUUCAAUUUUUAAGAAAUUGAGUGGCCAUGAGGAGUGGCUUUAGAGUCUGGUUCCUUUUUCUGUUUUGAUUAUUUAAAGCAUGAGCAUUUUAUUAAAUUCAAUUUCAUUGUCAGCUGUUGAGUUUUUACCAGUAGUAGGAAGGUUAUAAUAUUAUAAGGUGCUUUGUAGAUCACAAUUUGUUUCUGUCUGGGCGUUUCUGACUGAGCUAUAUGUUUAUGCAUAUGUAUAAAAGCACCUGUGUUAUAUGUCAGCAUGUCAUUUUGGAGUUUGGUAUUUAUGCAUAUAUGUAUAUGCAUGUUCCUUUAUAUUGAUAUUUUGCUGUAUUUUCCAGUAUAUUUAUGAGAAGAUUUAGUUCUCAGGAAAUGGUAAUGUAUGUCUGUAGUUUGUUAUUUGGGUGUAUACAUUUAUUCCUAUAUAUUUACAUAUUUGCCCUUGCAUUAACUUGUUUGGAAUGUAUGUGCUCAUUCAGUGAAUGAGAGUAUAA